AUGUCAUACAUCUCAGCUAUAACAACGUCAAUCAAGAACCCUCAGUUACGUCUGCUGAAUGCUUUACAAACGAACUCUAAACCUAUCAUGACUUUUCUGGGGUUGCCAUCCUUCCGCGCAGCCCAGAUGGUGGCACAGACGGGGCUGGACGGAAUAAUUAUCGACUGUGAACACGGAAAUAUCAGUGAUGAUGCUAUGCAUAGCUCCACUGCCGCUAUCGCUGCUAUGGGUGUUUCGCCGCUGGUCCGUCUCAGAAUGACCCACGCAGACCUGAUCAAAAGGGCGUUGGAUGCUGGGGCACACGGUAUUGUUGUGCCACAGAUAAACACUGCGGAAGAAGCUAAGACUGUCGUCGCCUAUUCCAAGUUCCCUCCACAAGGGCUUCGUGGCCAGGGAUCUGCGUUUCCGGGUAUCUCCCAUGGGGUUGACAUCCCAACCUAUCUUAAAACGGCGAAUGAGACAAUCAUCACAUGUCUUCAAAUCGAAUCAAAAGCCGGCGUUGAAAACGUGGACGCAAUUUGUGCGGUACCUGGCAUUGACAUGAUUUUCAUUGGGCCAAAUGACCUUGCUCUGUCACUGCUGGGAUAUGUUCCGGCCAAGGGAGAUGAACCCGAGUUUGUUGAUGCGAUCCAAAAGAUUGUUGCCGCGGCCAGAAGGCAUGGGAAAUGGGUCGCUAGACUCUCAAAUAAUGGCGCUGUGUGCAAAGAGCACCUCAAAGUGUUUGACACCGUGGCACUGAGUUAUGAUAUCCGCGCUAUUCAAAAUUGGUAUACUGCGGAGUUGGAAGCUGCACGCUCAUGA